AUGGUUGCGAGCACAGAAGAGGAAAUCAAGCUGGCUUGCGAUGCGGCCUUUCACAGCUGCGCAGAUGGUGUCACACAGGUGAAUUUGGCCACAGCACUUUCUCCUGUCCUAUCACGCCUCCUUAAUCAUAUGCUUGUGGGAAAACCCUUGUGUCGCAACGAACGAUACAUGAAGAAUCUUGCUGUACAAAGGGAGUAUAUCAUGCCCCUCGGCAUGCUGCUUGCAUGUUUUCCAGGUAUAUUACGGCGCCCACUUGGUCGGGUCAUGAAAUCUUAUGUCUCGAGCAUUGCUCGUGGCUGCAUGGCUGAUCUGAAGCCUUAUUACCAGCAUAUUAUCGAUUAUGUUGGACAAGAUACCCGGAGGUUGAGCGCCGAGCUGGAGAAUACCUACCUGCGUCAUUAUCUGGAUAUUGCCAGGUCUAUGCCAAACCACGAUCGUGCUGUCCAGCUAGACGUGAUCACCAGCAUGGCAGUUCAAUUAGGUAGUGCAGCAUUCAAUGAGCUUGAAGCUGCCAUACCUUCUCUCAUGGCGGACGUGCUGCAGGCGGGAACACACUCGAACCUUAUGCAGCUGUUACUCAAAGAGAUAAUACCAGUAACGAGUCUUGGCUUUGCGGAACUAUCAGCAGCAUUGUGGUCAGCUGACCGUCUCCCUAUCCUUGACAGCUGCGUUCGCGAAACUCUACGCAUGCAUUCCAUGCAGUUGCUUUCAAUGCAACGCAAGAUCCUGAAAAAUACCUGUGUUGACGAUGGCUCGCAACUCUCAGAAGGCACAAGUAUAUGUGUCUCAGCAUAUAGCAUUCAUCGUGACCACACCUUCUACACUCAGCCAGACUCAUAUGACCCAUUUCGCUUCUACAAACCGACCACGGAUGCCGUGGUAGCCACUCUAGCGGCUGUGUCAUACGAAGCGGAUGAGCACUACCUAGCGUUUGGAUAUGGCAAUCACAUCUGCCCUGGAAGGAGGGUUGCCACGUCUGUACUGAAGCUGGUUUUCAUUCACCUGUUCUCAAACUACGACAUACAACUGGUCGACAAAGAGCCGAGAACACGAUCAAUUGCGAUCUUAAAGUGGCACUGGACAGAUGUCAAGGUUCGUAUGAGCAGGAGAGAGACUGUAUUCACGCCCAGAUCUUCUGCGUAG